CCACCGAAGGCCCACAGUCAAGCACUGGAGUCCCAGAAUCAACCACCAAUGGCACAGAGUCAACCACCGAAGGCCCACAGUCAACCACUGGUGUCACAGAAUCAACCGCCAAUGGCACAGAGUCAACCACCGAAGGCCCACAGUCAACCACUGGAGUCCCAGAAUCAACCACCAAUGGCACAGAGUCAACCACAGAAGGCCCACAGUCAACCACUGGAGUCACAGAGUCAACCACCAAUGGCACAGAGUCAACCACCGAAGGCCCACAGUCAACCACUGGAGUCACAGAGUCAACCACCAAUGGCACAGAGUCAACCACCGAAGGCCCACAGUCAACCACUGGAGUCACAGAAUCAACCACCAAUGGCACAGAGUCAACCACCGAAGGCCCACAGUCAACCCCUGGAGUCACAGAAUCAACCGCCAAUGGCACAGAGUCAACCACCGAAGGCCCACAGUCAACCACUGGAGUCCCAGAAUCAACCACCAAUGGCACAGAGUCAACCACCGAUGGCCCACAGUCAACCACUGGAGUCACAGAGUCAACCACCAAUGGCACAGAGUCAACCACCGAAGGCCCACAGUCAACCACUGGAGUCCCAGAAUCAACCACCAAUGGCACAGAGUCAACCACCGAAGGCCCACAGUCAACCCCUGGAGUCACAGAAUCAACCACCAAUGGCACAGAGUCAACCACCGAAGGCCCACAGUCAACCACUGGAGUCCCAGAAUCAACCACCAAUGGCACAGAGUCAACCACCGAUGGCCCACAGUCAACCACUGGAGUCACAGAGUCAACCACCAAUGGCACAGAGUCAACCACCGAAGGCCCACAGUCAACCACUGAAGGCCCACAGUCAACCCCCGAAGGCCCACAGUCAACCACUGGUGUCACAGAAUCAACCACCAAUGGCACAGAGUCAACCACCGAAGGCCCACAGUCAACCACUGGAGUCCCAGAAUCAACCACCAAUGGCACAGAGUCAACCACAGAAGGCCCACAGUCAACCACUGGAGUCACAGAGUCAACCACCAAUGGCACAGAGUCAACCACCGAUGGCCCACAGUCAACCACUGGAGUCACAGAGUCAACCACCAAUGGCACAGAGUCAACCACCGAAGGCCCACAGUCAACCACUGGAGUCCCAGAAUCAACCACCAAUGGCACAGAGUCAACCACCGAAGGCCCACAGUCAACCCCUGGAGUCCCAGAAUCAACCACCAAUGGCACAGAGUCAACCACCGAAGGCCCACAGUCAACCACUGGAGUCCCAGAAUCAACCACCAAUGGCACAGAGUCAACCACCGAUGGCCCACAGUCAACCACUGGAGUCACAGAGUCAACCACCAAUGGCACAGAGUCAACCACCGAAGGCCCACAGUCAACCACUGAAGGCCCACAGUCAACCCCCGAAGGCCCACAGUCAACCACUGAAGGCCCACAGUCAACCACCGAAGGCCCACAGUCAACCACUGAAGGCCCACAGUCAACCACCGAAGGCCCACAGUCAACCACUGAAGGCCCACAGUCAACCACCGAAGGCCCACAGUCAACCCCCGAAGGCCCACAGUCAACCACCGAAGGCCCACAGUCAACCACCGAAGGCCCACAGUCAACCACCGAAGGCCCACAGUCAACCACUGAAGGCCCACAGUCAACCACCGAAGGCCCACAGUCAACCACCGAAGGCCCACAGUCAACCACUGAAGGCCCACAGUCAACCACUGAAGGCCCACAGUCAACCACCGAAGGCCCACAGUCAACCCCCGAAGGCCCAAGCGAAACUUCCAUGACAACAUU